AUGCUAAGAAUGAGACUUUCGAAACGACAUAUACGUACUUUGGUGCCCUUGGUUCUGGUUCUAUGCGUUCUGUUCAUGGGUUAUCGUCAUCAGCGGACGCCAAAUGUAAGAACUGUCACCAAGAAUAAUAAUAGCAAUAGCAAUAGCAAUAAUAAUGACUAUAUAUGGACCAUAAAAUCGGACAAAGUGACAAAUUGUGGUACUAAGAAAUGGGGGAAAGAUGAGAUUAUCGGUUUAUUGUCAUCUAAUCACAUUGAUCUGGAUUCUAAUGUAGAUAUUCAAUAUCUAGACAUGAACCAACUUGUAAUUACUAAUAUAGGUACUAAAGAAUGUCAUUAUCUGGCUAAGAAAUUUGAACGUUGUUCAACAAAACCAAUGAAAGAAUUGAUACAACCUUCUCUUAAGGGUUAUACUGAUGAACAUGCAAUUAAGAAAGAUAUUAGGGGAUCAUUUGGUUUUGAAUGGUUCGGUAAAUCUGAGUAUUUGUAUUUUGAUGCAAUUUCAAUCGGUUCAUUAUUCCAAUCACAAAUAAAUGAUUUUUUUGUUUUAAUUGAUGUCUCAGAUGAAGGAAAUACUGGAAAAGACCAAGUUUCAUUCAAAAUUCACGAUUUAUAUUUUGUCUUUCAAAAAUACACUUUAAAACAAUUGUUCGAAAUGAAUACUAAUAGUGAUACUCAUCAUUUGGUAAGUGAUAUGAAUAUUUUAUUUGGCACUGAUUGUAAAGAUCCAAGGCAAGAUUGGAAUAUAUAUAAGAAUAAACCAUUAUCAAAUCAUUAUAGAUUUCCAAGUUAUAUAUCACUUGAGAGAGCACCCGUCUCGAAACCUCCUGGAUAUCAUAACCCAAAAACCAAGAUCUUAUUACCAGAUGGGAAAAACUUGAAAAUAGUUCAAUUGGCAGAUUUACACAUGGGAGUUGGAGAGAAUAAAUGUAUUGAUGAAUAUCCUAUAACUGAAAAUUGUCAUGCGGAUCCAAAAACAUUUGAAUUUAUUAAUAGUGUAUUGGAUAUUGAACAACCAGAUUUAGUCGUCUUUACGGGUGAUCAAAUUAUGGGUGACCGAUCUAUUCAAGAUUCAGAAUCGACGUUAUUAAAAGUAGUAGCACCCGUGAUAGAAAGAGAGAUUCCAUGGGCUAUGGUAUGGGGGAAUCAUGAUGAUGAAGGUAGUCUGGCCCGUUGGGAACUUUCUGAAUUAGUAUAUGAUUUACCGUUCUCGUUGUUUAAAUUUAGUCCGUUUGAUACUCGUGAUAAUUCCUUCGGUGUAGGUAAUUAUAUUCAAGAAGUCUAUAACAAAAGUAAUCCAAGUGAUGUUCUGAUGACUUUUUAUUUCCUGGAUUCACAUAAAUAUUCGAAGACAGGGAAAUUGCACCCUGGUUAUGAUUGGAUUAAAGAAAAACAAUGGGAUUAUAUUAAGGAUGUCUAUGAGACAAGCCUUUAUAAAAAUAUACCAACAGAUAAACCCCAUAUUUCAAUGGCAUUUUUCCAUAUACCACUUCCUGAAUACCUGGAUAUAGAUUCCAAGAAGAGCCCAGGGGAACAAAACCCUAUAGUCGGUUCUUUUAAAGAGGGUGUCACUGCCCCAAAAUAUAACUCCGGUGGGUUAAAAGUAUUAGACGAUUUAGGUGUCCAGGUGACAAGUUGUGGUCAUGAUCAUUGUAACGAUUAUUGCCUACAGACUGAUUCAGCUAGGAAUCCUAUUUGGUUAUGUUUCGGUGGGGGCGCAGGAGAAGGUGGUUAUGCCGGUUACGGUGGUACUGAGCGUAGAAUUAGAAUAUACAAUAUUAAUCCAAGUAAUGGUAAUAUUUAUACCUGGAAACGUCUCAAUGGAACGCCCAAUGAUAAAUUUGAUCAACAACAAUUUUAA